AUGCCGCCGAAAGGAUCCCGCGUUAAGCCCGCCGUUGAAGUGCCGCCGCCUGAAAUCACAACGGGUGACCCUGAUGCUGCAUCCAAGCAGACGGCAAACAGCAAGUCAGACAUUGAGAAGAAUCUGCCAUCUGAGGCUGAAUUCACUGCGGGAAGCUCGGGAUUAUCCAUUGAGGAUAAGCUGAAGGCGCUGGCUACGGUCGUACCUGAUGACACCUUUAUUGAGGACGACUCUGAUGAGGAUCUGGAAAUCGACAACGAAAAAGGAACGGCGUCGCAUCUACGGUUCACGGCGAUACUGCUCUUCCCGGUCAUUCCGUCUCAUGAGAUCACCUCUGUUAUUAUUACCUCGCUCCUAUCGCAUGUUGAGUUCGCCUCCCACAUCAUGCCUGCUGACCCAAUCUCGGAUCACAGCUUCGCGAUUAAGGUGGCCUUCAGGAUGAGCACGCAGGUGCAGACGGGACCGGGCCUCUGGAGGCUCCCUGCAUACAUGGUGGGGAGACCGGGUGUCAGAAAGGUGUUCGAAAGGGUGUCGAACCAGAUGGAGGAAUCAGGUGACAACUACGAGCUGCUAAUCGCGAGACUGAACGCAGGGCUCAAGGCUUACGCCAGAGAGGAGAGAAAGAGGGUCCGCGCCACGAUGACCUUCCUUCAACAGGCGGUUGCUGAUCUGAAACAGGCGUGGCUGGGGGACCCGAGCUGUGUCCGGCUGAAAGACCUGCUGAGCGAGAGGGAGCUCCAACUGAGAAGUUAUCAGCAGUCGCGGCAGGAGAGACUGCACGUGAUGGCCGGAAUGAAGGAGGCGACCUUGGGGGAGGUAGCAUCACCUUUCCUAUCUGCGAAGAUUAAGGGCCGGAAGGAGCGCACGCAAAUCACGGAGUUAAACGUGGGAGGCACAAUGGUCAGCGACAAUAAAGACAUUCUGGGUGCAGCUUCGCAGUACUGCCGGCAGUUGUUUGGAACGGACAGACAGACGGUCUUAUCUAAGUGGGAACCCUCGGCGGACAGAAGACUGUCGUCAGCAGCGGCGGAGUUGUUGUCUGCCGAGUGGUCGGAGGAGGAGGUUAAGAGCGCGUUUCAGUCGAUGACGAAUAAUAAGGCUCCUGGCCGGGACGGCUUGCCAAAGGAGCCCUUCGAAGCACAUUGGGACAUCCUGGGCAAACACUUCAUGUUGCUGGUGAAGAGUUUCUCGGACACGGCGUCCCUCCCAGCCUCCACAAAAGACGCGGUGACCAUCCUGCUGCAUAAGAAAGGGGGAAGAGAUCAGCUGGAGAACUACCGUCCAAUCACAUUGCUCAGCUUCACCUAUAAAGUGAUAGCGCGUGUGGUAGCGGACAGGAUGAAAACAGUGCUCUCGGGGGUAGUCUCACCGGAGCAGUUUGGCUUCUUACCUGGGAGGAGGUUGUCAGACGCUGUAGGGCUAGUGGCGGAUAUUAUCGAAGCGGCCAAAAAUAAAGAUAAAGACUGGUACCUCCUGCUCGUCGAUUUUAGGAAGGCCUUCGACUCGGUAUCGCGGGGAUUCCUGUUUACGGUGCUGGAGAAGAUGGGUUUUCCUCCUCGCUUUGUCGGAUGGAUUCGGGGCCUGCAUGAGAACACACGGACAAGUCUGUUGGUUAACGGUUGGAUUGGCGAAGCGGUUGAAGUGGUCUCGGGGGUGCGUCAGGGUUACCCUCUAGCACCUUACCUGUUUUUGUGCGCGGUGGAACCGCUGGCGCAGGAAGCGGCGAACUGGAGGAUUGGUAUUUCCGAGGAUGAUCAGCGGCUGGCGUAUCUUGGUUACGCCGAUGAUACAACUCUCAUCCUGGAGGGGGAGGAGCAGAUUGCAGCGGCAGAGAAACUGUUAGAAGAGUUUGCAGGGGAGUCAAGUCUCGCUACAAACAAGGAGAAGUCAGUUGUCUUACCACUGGGGUCGAAUCUGGGCAGGCAGCCCUGGAAGACCGAUGGUUUCAAAUGGGCGAAGGCUGAUGAGGCAGAAAGGCUACUGGGGGUGUGGGUGACUCCUGCUGGAAGCUGCAAUCCUACAUGGGAGAAGGCUUUCGCACAGAUUAAGCGGAAAUUGUCGCAGUGGGAGGCGCAACAUUUCACAACUGGCGCGCGUGCUGCGGUUAUAAACUGCUACAUCUCACCGAUAAUCUUCUUUCAGGCUCAGGUGUACCCGCCACCGAUGGAUAUUUGGGGGCGGAUACUGAAACUGACGCACAAUUUCAUGUCGGGUAACCGGGCCUCCACCGACAAGGAAUUCAUACUGUGGAGCAGAGAGCUGUUGUACAUGGCCAGGGAAGAGGGGGGUGUCGGUGUGAAGGACCCCGAGAUCGCACUUACCUGCCUAAUUGCCAGAAAGAUCGGGCUGCUGCUCACCGAGACGAACGCGCUGAAACGUGACAUCAUGCUCCAGGCUGCGGACUUGCCGCUUGGAACGGACACUUUCGUCGCUCACGUGAAGCUGCUCAAAUGCUGGCGCGGGAAAAGCGAGCGGUGGAAGCUUGCGUGCGCCAACUUCAUGCAGUCGCCGCUCGCCAGCACGCCGCUUGAUUUAUCACGGGAGGAAGCUGCGAGGGGUUGCAUCGUGUUCAACCGCCAUCUCCUGAUGAACGGCACGACCCCAGUGGGCAGCCAGAAAGCCGCGGAGAAAUUGUGGGAGGUGCGUCUGGGAGACCUGCUGACCGCGGAUGGUGAUGGGAGCUGGCGUGUAAAGGAUGACAAAACCCUAGCGAGGGAGCUCGGUGGCUCAAAGCAGGCGAAGCUUGCUCUACGGGCGUGGGAAGCAGCACCGCAGAGCUGGAAACUGAGCCUCCUCUCAGCCGAGCAAUCUAGCGCACCCACCACCCAGCUCCGCACUCCGCUUCAGCGCUCAGCGGCUUUCAGUGGUGGAGGGCUUCCAUCGCUGAAGGAAAUCCAGACGGUUGUGGGAGCAGUUCGGAAGGCUCUGCGCAUGCUGAAUCCGGCGAAGCAUGUUGACAGCUUGGGCGACAUACUGUUUGGCAACACCGCUUCCAGCUCAGCUUUUCCGGAAGCAUCUCUCUCGGCCAUCGCAAUACACCAGAUUUGGGCAGAGCGGUGUGAUUGCGUGUUUCGAGGCAAGAGAUUUCGGGCCAGGCGGGUGAUGAGGAGGAUUGAAGCAGCUUUCAGGCUACAUGUGCGGGUGUAUACUCGGGCAACAGGGAAAAAGUUGAACACGAAGGGCGAUUUGAAGCAGGGCGGGAAGACAUAUGCGCUGGCAGAUCAGGAGUGUCGGCUCCUUGGACGUAUCCGGACUCUGGAAGGCAAAGGCUGGAAAUGGUCCCGUCACUUUGGCGCGUUAUGGAAUCUUGCGCGAGGGGCACUGCAUCCCCCUUAG